CUUCCUCUCCUCCGCGCCACCCUCUGCUGCUCCGCCCUCCCCAGCCUGGUGCGGGGGAUGUUUUCCACUGGCCGGCGGCGUGCAAGUUCCAUCCGGCAGUUUCCUCCUCUUCCCUGGAGUUAAACUUCCCUGAGGACGCCACCGGCCCUGCUCCUGUGCAGGAGAAAAGCAGGAGGGAGCCCUUGGAGGGCACAGUCACCGGAGAGGGGCCCGUCGGGUGGAACAGCUGCCCCACCCCAGCUCGGAUGUCUGAGAGCCACUGGGAGAGACAGCCCUGCCCGAGGAGGCCAAAGCCACUGGUGCCCGCGCCGGCCCCCGAUGCAAACAUUUCUCAGUAAUCUCCCGUUCCGCAGGGAGCACCAGGCCAGCCACUCCAGGUGAUACAAUGACCAGACCUCGCCCUGCCCUCUGGUGCCUGCCUGCCUGCACUCCUCCCUAGCCUCGCCAGGCACCAUCCAUCAGCAGCCUGUCCCCACCCCUGCAGUCAGUCGCCCAGCUGACCCCUCAGCAUGGCAGCCCUGAUCGCCGAGAACUUCCGCUUUCUAUCGCUCUUCUUCAAAAGCAAGGACGUCAUGAUUUUCAAUGGGCUGGUGGCACUGGGCACAGUGGGCAGCCAGGAGCUGUUCUCUGUGGUGGCUUUCCACUGCCCUUGCUCACCAGCCAGGAACUACCUGUACGGGUUGACGGCCAUUGGCGUGCCUGCCCUCGCACUCUUCCUCAUCGGCGUCAUCCUCAACAACCACACCUGGAACCUAGUCACCGAGUGCCAGUACCGGAGAACCAAGAACUGCUCGGCCGCCGCCAACUUCCUCCUUCUAAGUUCCAUCCUGGGCCGCGCGGCCGUGGCCCCAGUCACCUGGUCUGUCAUCUCCCUGCUGCGCGGCGAGGCCUACGUCUGUGCUCUCAGUGAGUUUGUGGACCCCUCCUCACUCACGGCUGGAGAAGGCUUCCCACCAGCCCACGCCACAGAAAUCCUGGCCAGGUUCCCUUGCGGGGAGGGCCCCGCCAACCUGUCGGGCUUCCGGGAGGAGGUCACUCGCAGGCUCAAGUAUGAGUCCCAGCUCUUUGGGUGGCUGCUCAUCGGCGUGGUGGCCAUCCUGGUGUUCCUGACCAAGUGCCUCAAGCAUUACUGCUCGCCGCUCAGCUACCGCCAGGAGGCCUACUGGGAGCAGUACCGCAACAAUGAGGACCAGCUCUUCCAGCGCACCGCCGAGGUGCACGCACGGGUGCUGGCCGCCAACAACGUGCGCCGCUUCUUCGGCUUCGUGGCGCUCAGCAAGGAGGAUGAGGAGCUGACGGCCAAGUUCCCCGUGGAAGGCACGCAGCCGCGGCCGCAGUGGAACGCCAUCACGGGCGUCUAUCUGUACCGCGAGAAGCAGGGCCUGCCGCUCUACAGCCGCCUGCACAAGUGGGCCCAGGGUCUGCCGGGCAACGGCACAGCCCCGGACAACAUGGAGAUGGCCCUGCUCGUCUCCUAAGAGCCCAGUUCCCAGCCUCUGCAAGUGACAGUCCUCAGUCCAACCCUGCACCCCACCGCCUGCUCACAGCAGCAACAGAACAUUUUUUUUUAAACUACAACUUUUGGGGAAAACAGGCCAAGAGAAAGAAACAAAGUGAUCUGGGGACAGAGGACAGCACUUGUACACAGUGUGGUCCGCACCGACAGGAAGGCCCUCAGACCCGAAGGAAUCCCCUCUCCUACUGCCACCAGCCGCCUGGCCAACAGCUUUGGAGGAAAGACCCUUUCUCUGAACUGUGGUGUGGAUGCCCUUUUCCUGGCGGGACUCCAAGGCUGAGAAGCCCUGGCCAGCAGGGCCAGGUGACAAUGAGUCACCAGUAGGCUCACUGUGGAGGAUGUCAUGCAGCUGACUUGUGUCUAACCUCACAGGACACCCAGCUCAGUGGUGCUCAGCUGGGAGGCUGCCCUGAAUUCAGCAUACGCUACUGGCUUUGUUUUA